CGACCGUUGGAAACCCGUGCUGCACAAAUCACCAUGGAGGACGGAACGCGCGUUGGGGAUGCGACUGGUUCGCCCGUGGUCCAGCAGCGCCAGCGCUCGACGCUGUACACUGUCUACUCGAACUCCUGGUUCCAGAUCCUGCUGAUCAGUUUCAUUUGUUUUUGCUGUCCUGGUAUGUACAAUGCCCUCACAGGAUUGGGAGGAUCCGGACAGGUCAACCAGGCCGUCGCCGCAAAUUCCCAGGUGGCUCUGCUAUCUGCAACCGCCGGAACUGCGCUGUUUGUCGUCGGCCCCAUCUUCAAUCGCGUCGGCCCUCGUGUAUGUCUUCUCCUCGGCGGAUGGACAUAUCCCUUGUAUUCGGGCAGUCUGCUCUGCUUCAACGGUAUAUCCACCAAGUUCUCGUAUACAGUGUGUCCUGGACUGAUCAUCGCUAAUCUUAUCUCAUCAGCAACGAACAAUGGUGCCUUCGUCAUCGCCGCCGGUGCCAUCCUCGGUGUCGGCGCAUCCUUCCUCUGGGUCGCACAGGGAGCCAUCAUGACCACCUACGUCCCUGAAUCGCAAAAAGGACGCGCCAUUGCGACCUUCUGGAUUAUUUUCAAUCUCGGCGGUGGUGUUGGUUCGCUCGCCAGCUUCGGACUCAACUAUAACUCGACCAGCGGUACAGUGUCGGACGGCACCUACAUUGCCCUGUUGAUUCUGAUGGCGAUUGGGUGGCUGCUGGGCGUCUUCAUUUGUCCUCCCUCGUCGGUGCGGGUUCCCCAGCUGGAAGCCACUCCCGAGGAGGAAAAGAACUGGAAGCAGACUCUGCAGGUCUCGGUACAUGCCAUCGCGGAUUGGCGCGUGCUGUGCAUGUUGCCCCUGUUCUUCUCAGCGAAUGUGUUUUAUUCGUACCAGCAGAAUGUGGUCAACGGGAUGACCUUCAACAUCCGCACCCGCUCGCUCAAUGGCGCGCUGUACUGGAUCGCGCAGAUGCUGGGCGGCCUGGUCAUCGGCCUGAUCCUUGAUCUGCCGGGGUUCAGCCGUCCCACACGUGCGCGCGUAGCCUGGGUAUUCCUCUUCGUGACGGGCAUGGCCACCUGGGGUGGUGGAUAUGCCUUCCAGCUGUGGUCCGACGAUCGCAUGGCGCAGGGUAUCAAGCAGGAUCUUGACUAUACUAACUCACCCACCUCCGUCGGGCCCAUCUUCCUCUAUAUCUUCUACGGCGCAUACGAUGCCUUCUGGCAGUCCUUCUGCUACUGGCUGAUGGGCGCCCGAUCCAACUCGCCCGCCGUCACGGCCGUCCUCGUCGGCGCCUAUAAGACCUUCCAGAGCGCGGGUGGUGCCAUGGCCUGGCGCAUCAACGCGCUGGGCAAGUCCAACAUGACGCAGUUCGCAAUGGAUUGGGGCCUGUGCAUGGGAUCGUUAGUGGUCGCCAUCCCGGCUGUCCUCGCAGUGACGCUGACCAGCGAGUCGGACGGCCUCGUCGAGCAGCGCAUAUCGGUUGACGACGAAAAGCCCCAGGCGCAACUGAAAGAGUAA